AAAACAGUUGCAAAAGAUUAGAAUGUUUAUGUUUUUAAAUAAAUUAGUAUAAGUAUUUAAAAAUAAAAGAAUAUAAAAUUAAUAACAAUAAUUGUGUUGAAAGUGGUUAAAGUGCAACGUUGAAUAUUAAUGUUAAUAAAGUACAAAUUCUUUACUGAAUUGUGAAAUACUAUUCCUCAGGAUUUAUUUAAAAUUUUUAUUUGUCGUUAUUGAAUAUAUAAUACAAGAAAAUAACGUCACUAUACAAACUUGGACGGCUGCCAUACAUUCCCGGGAAAAUUCUGUACCUGCGAGGGUCAAAAUCCAAAAACAACUGAUAAAUUAGAUUAUUCUUAUAAUCUCAAAAGUACUCGCCGAGUACAUUGAGAUAAAAAAACUCAUGCAGAAAAAUAAAAUAUUCAUUUAAAAGAUUGUAAAUUCGGUCAGUUUAUAUAUCAACUUCGAGGCAUUGACUUCAUUUGUAGACAAUUUUAUUGUAUCCUACUAAUUAUUAUUAGAAAACACCCUUAUUCAACAUGAACACAGAAACUGAAUUUCUUGAUUCCUAUAAAAAAAUAAAGACAUCCUAUAAAAAUGUUAUGGCACAAAUUGACAUCGCUAUUGAUCACGAAGAACACGAACGCCUACAGGAAGCAAUAAAUGCAUAUGAAUGCUGCAUACAAUCUAUUGAGGAAAUUUUUUCAAUACCAGUUGGUAUACCAGAAGACAUUGAUCCGGUCGAGACACAAUGGAAUGAUGCAUGUGCCAUAAUACAAAAGCUUAAAGGUGCCAAAACAGAAAUGAUAUAUCGGCAAAGGGUAUUGAGGAAUAAGAUUUCUCCUAUUGAUGUUAAUGCUGUAGAAGCAGCAUUAGAAGAAAAGGAUGUGACAGAUGAAAAUGAUGUGGCAGAACCUGCAGCUAAAAAGAAAUCAGUUUUAUUAGAUAACCCGCCCACACAUUUUGAUAUCAAUACUGCUAGCGGUGAGCGUAAAACCUAUAGAGAUAUAAUAAAUGGUUUACGGGAAGUUAUUGCAACGGAAAAUAGUGGUGUCCAGUUUGAUACAUUAUUUCAAUGUCAAAUUAAAUUGUAUAAAAUAGAGCCCGAUGGGGUCGUUACAUCGGUAGCGGGUAAUAUACCAAUGUCCUUGGUCAUGUGCACCAUUGGAGGCAAAUGGAAAUAUUUGAAUAACAUUUUUUUCAUUCAAUGUCCAUUAAAUACAACGGACACUGCAAGUUCAACAAAUAACAACAUGAUUUGGUUAUAUCCACUAAUACCAACCGUGACGAAUUGUUAUCGCACAGAUUAUGGUGCAUUUAUUUUUCCAGAUCUUGAAUUAAAUAUACCAGGAAGCGCAUUUGGCAUAAUAAUUAUAGAAGAAACAGUAACAGUAGAUAGUGAUGAGGAAUUAUCCGAUUUACAACAAUUUUUCUUGGAUUUAUUGGAAGCCAUACUUGCUGGCACUGUUGAAAAAUUACAGCAACCAAGUAGUUCACGAGUACCACGUGACACGAGCCAACAAGUGUCAAUGCAAAUUGUUAAUGCCGCGAAUUUUGUUGCCAAAUAUCUUAUAAAGGGUGCAGAGAAAACUGGCGAUAUAAUGGAAAAGACUACACCAUUUAUAAUAUCAAAAAUGAAUCCUGCACCACCAGAUACACCACCUGUUUCGUCAACUGUACAAACAUCAGUAGAAGUUGCAAAGAACGUUACCAGCGUGGCAGCUACCGCUACUAGUUGGGUGGCUGGUAAAGUUGGAUCCGCUUCUUUGGCUUUGGGCAGAUAUUUAGCACCACAUGUACAAACACAGGGUAAGAAGCUAUUACAGAAAGGUUUUGGUUGUGAUUCCGCUGAAGCAAAUAAUAAAAUGGAAGGUGCAUUGGUUAUUGCAGCUGGUGCUGUUGAAGGAUUUAGUACAAUAUUCAAUGGUCUAGAAGAGUCUGCAAGAAUAUUAGGUGGUAACAUAAGUAACAAUUCCGUAAAAAUUAUAGAGCAUAAGUAUGGGCAAUCAGCUGGUAAUGUAGCUGCUGGCACAUUUGAUACAAUUGGGAACGCUUUCAAUGUUAGCCGGAACGUUAACUAUGUGACACCAAACGGUAUUGUUAAAAAAAUGGCAAAAAAUACGGGAGCUGCUGUCGUUAUAGAUUUGGGCAAGAAUGUUCAACAGGAAUCUCAAUAUGUACCCGCAGGUUCACUCUAUCCGGAUUUACGCAGCAUAAAAGAAAAAUAAUACCAAAGAUAUUAUAGUUCAUUCCACUUAACACCGAUUUUAAUAUAAAUACUAUGAAUCUCUAGACAUAUUUAUAUU